AUGGAUUGGUGGCACUCAUGAGUGCACUGACAAUGUCUUCGCCAUUAUUAUCGUCUGAAUUGUAGCGUCAAUUGAAAGGACCCAAUGAUGUCGUCGUCUGGGCCUCAGCCGAGUGGUCGUCGCGGACGCGAUGGUCAGGUGGCCAGCGGUGGUGGAGGAGGCGCUCCUCCAGAGACCAGUUGUUGUAACUUAAGGACAAUCUCUUGGGACCACAAAUACAUAGCGUUAUGCCUAUUGUGUGGCACUGUUUCCACACUAAUCGGGUCUCUCAUUGUCAUAAUCUAUGCAAUGAUUCGCUCAAACACUUCAUCUCUUCAGUACUUCGAGACAAUUCCCUCAUAUAUUGUCGCCAUUUUGCUCAUAUUCAAUGGUUUACUCGUAACAUCUUUCGCAAAAAGCAAAUUAAGAUUUGCACUAUUGGUGAAAGCGGUCGGUGGUCUCUAUUUGGUGACCGCUUUGGUGAGUGUUGUGAUGACUGUCACCACAACUGUUCUCCAUAUGAAUCGACUGCAAACACACGAUCAGUGUAUUUAUACGCCAAGAAUCAGGAGCUGUACAUGCAUUUCAUCUCCACUGUCCAGCGGACCAAAUGGAGAGAUCAACCUUGGUCAUCACAUGACUUUCGAUGAGAUAAUGGACUGCGAUGUGGUUCACGGCUUACUGUUCUCGUGUCUGAGAGGACUGUUCGGUCUAUCGGUGUUUGCGAUACUGAUGUGUAUUUUCUCACUAAUGCUUGUCUACCAGUUGUUGAGUCAUCAAAAGAAGAAGAAAUAUUUGCAACAAUUAGAGCUGAGGAGACGAUUCGCGGUCCAGAGUCGCGGCUUCGGUGGCAACCAUUCCUCGGCGUACGUCUCGACACACGUUUCGCCGAUAAUAUUGAGCCAAAAUACUCACCGAAACCACUCGUUAAGACAUUUACCGUACGGUUCUUACGGCGAGGAUCUGUCUCCCAAUGGUUGGUGUCUUCCGCCGCAUUCGUACGACUAUUUAGACAGUCGUUCACACAAUAGACACUUCGACGACGAGAUUCGCUCAAACGUCGGCAUAAUGUCCAACACUCGAUCAAAUUCUUGGACCAAUUGGUUGAAUUGGCCGCGAAGUCAGAUCUGGUCGUCCAAUAAUCAUCACGUGUCCAAUCAGAACACGAAUCGGGGAUUUUUUGCCGAUUUGUUUCGCAGACAUAACAGUAAUAAUAAU